AUGGCGGCCCAAUUGAGGAACUGGCGGUGGACAUUGCAGCCUGAGCCUACGUAUCUGGGUACCUACAUACUGGCGCAUCGCAACGCUCCGUGCAACACCUUUGUCUCCAAUCUCAGCACCUCCUUUUUCUUCUUCCCUUCUUUCUUUGCCUCGGAGCCGAGCAACAUCACGACACGAGCCCUAUCCGCGUCGGGCCUCAAAUUUGCCGACGAAAUAACCCCGCCAUUUGGACCACCUAACACCAUCACAGCAAAGCCAACGUUUACGUUGUAUCCCGUCUUGUCCACGGCCCUGCUGCGCGUCUUUAUGAACCCGAUCGAUCUUCUGCGUUUCCUGUCUAAGCCUGCGAAAUCCCCAACCAACGAGGAGCCGUUCGCCCCACGCUGUAUCGGUGUCUGUCAGGACGAGGUUGUCAACGCGAGCCACCAUUCCGCUCAUCAGGAUCUUUUUCCUCCCCCUCCGUGCUCGCCCCCCCUAACGUCCUUUCGAGCGACGUUACCGAUCACCACCCUCGCCUUAGAGCUGGCUCCGCCAGCAUUUUCUAAAGUCCACCUUUCCUGUGGGCCUACUCUCUCAAACGGACGCCGUCAAGCUUCGUUUGAGUGGCAGCUAGUGCUCCGCGGACUCGGCACGAGACAACAACAACAACAACAACCCCCUCCCACCCGCGCCAUCAUAACCCUCGUCUCUAUAUCGGUAGCUGCAGUGGGCAAAUAUGCCACUCCGCAUCUCACCAUUAACCACGAUGUGGCGGCCGACUUGGACUCUAGCAAUGCCUUUGAGGGCCCCGAGAAGCUCCUCGAAGUAUGGUUUGCGCCCGGCCCGAACGCCCUCCCCCCCGGUGCCAAGCCCAAUGGCUUGAAGGCCGUCUCCGCCGACACUUGGGUCACCAUGCUCGACAUGGUCAAUUGCAAGAUCUUGUCCGUCCUCGAAUCCGAGACGGUCGAUGCUUACCUGCUGUCCGAGUCGAGCCUAUUCGUGUUCCCCCACAAGCUCAUCCUCAAGACCUGCGGCACCACCACGCUCCUGCUCGGCCUGCAGCGCCUCCUGCACAUCGCCGCCGAGCAUGCCGGCUUUCCGUUCCACAACUCCAAGUCGGCCAGCGAUAUCAAGGCCGCCGCGACCCCCUACCGCGUCUUCUACAGCCGCAAGAGCUUCCUCUUUCCGGACAAGCAGCAAGGCCCUCACCGCAGCUGGAAGCAGGAGGUCAAAUACCUGGACGACAUGUUUGAGGGCGGCAGUGCCUAUAUGGUGGGCAAGAUGAAUGGCGAUCACUGGUAUCUCUACAUCACGUCGCCGAACAGCACGCUGACCCCCCCUCGCACUCCCAACGAGGAGGACGGCGUCGGCUUCGUUGCCAAGAUCCCCACCGGCGCCCUGAACCUGAACGGUGGUUUCGCCAAGGUCCCCGAGGAGGCCAAUGACGAGACGCUUGAGAUUCUCAUGACCGACCUCGACCCGGAGAAUGCGAAGCAGUUCUACCUGGCGCACGCCAGUGCGGUCGCGAGCCACCAGGCGACGCAAGCCCAGAAAGCCCGAGACGACGCCCACCAGAGUCUCGGCAUGAUCCCCACCAGUGGCAACGGCAGUGGUCACCCGAAUGACGAGGCCGAUGACGUGGUCGACGUCUUCAGCAACGGCAGCGAUUCGGACUUGCACGCCAGCCAGGAGGCCGACCAGGUCUUGUUGGCGGAAGCCCUGACGACCGAAGGCCACGCCCUGGGCACCGUCGUCUCGGACGCCUGCGGACUCUCGGAUGUCUACCCGACCAGCAAGUAUCCGGACGCCAGGGUCGACGCGUACCUCUUCAGCCCCUGUGGCUUUUCUGCCAACGGCGUCAUCCCCGCCCCUCCGCAGGACGGCGGAGCGAAUAUUGAGGGGGAAGUGGAAGGGGAGGGGGCGGACAAGGCGGCGCACUACUUCACGGUCCACGUCACGCCGGAACCGAACUGCUCUUUCGCCUCGUUCGAGACCAACGUCCCCGGAGGCCAGUCGGGUCGCACGACGGCGGAGAUCAUCGAGCACGUCGUCGGCAUCUUCAAGCCGGGCCGGUUCAGUGUCACGCUGUUCGAGGCCAAGGGCAAGCAUUCCAACCCCUACGGCAUGGCCGAGGAUGAACCACUGCCCAUCAAGGCCGCCCAGCGCGCCGUUGACCCUAUUCCCGGCUACCGUCGCAUCGAUCGGAUCGUCCAUGACUUUGAAGACUACGAUCUCGUAUUCCGUUUCUACGAAAAGGACGGCUGGGCUGGCGAGCGUGGUGCUCGUGUGGGGGAGGUUAUGUGA